AUGAAUAGUGUUCAAUCAGGUGAUGAAACAAAUAAUUGGUUGCUAGAUGCGUAUUUAAAAACUUUAGAAAGACAAAUUGCGACAAAAGAGGAUUUCCUAAGGCAAGCAUUAGAUACAAUCAAACUUUUAAAAGAUCAAAAGUUAAAAGACCCCAGAUUUAAAGAGAUUAAACCCAUUAACGAUAAAGUUUGGAAAUCUUUAUUGAAAAGGUCGUUAAUAUUUCCUGAGAGAUCAGACCCGAUUGGGUUAAGCCUUGCCAAUUGUUCUAAUCUCACAAGAAAGGAGACAAGUGAAUCCUAUUUAGAUUAUUUGAAUGAUUACAAGAGUAUAUUAGAAGAGUCCAGUACAAAUCAAAAAGCAAUCAAUAGUAAUUUAUUGAAAUUAAUUAACGCUUUUAAAGAAAACAGUGACAUUUCAAGCGCCUUUAUAGUAUCACCGCAAACAAUUACAAAUGAGGUAUUAAAAGAGCAAAACAAUAAAUAUUGGGAAGAUUUAAAGCAUAUUGUGCAAAAGAAUCUUUUUCAUUCAAAAACACAACUGUCAGAUGAAGAUACAGAUACAGUAAUGUCUUUAUUCCAAAGGUUGAUAAAUUUAAAUGAUCAAACACCAUUGACAGUGAAUUCUUUCCAAGUCAACGAAUAUACAAAAGAAUUAUAUAGAAUUCUUUUGAGUGGUGACUUGAUUAAUGUAGCAGAAUCCAAAAAUUAUGGAUAUAGUGAGGACCGUGAAGUAACGCUAAUAAAUUUUGCUGAAGAUAUUUAA